GCGGAAGUGAAGAGAGGAGAGGCUCGCGCUGCUCACCUGUCGACAGGUGAAGAGAAAACAGAGGAAAGGAAGGAAAGAGGAGGAAAACAGCAGAGAGAAUGAAUAACCCCAUCCCGUCCAACCUGAAGUCGGAGGCCAAGAAAGCGGCGAAGAUCCUGAGAGAUUUCACUGAGAUCUCAAACCGAACGGGGCUGACUGACCGACUCAUCCCCCCUCAUGUGAUAGCGAAGGCAGAGGGCCUCGCCAUCAUCUCCGUCAUCAAGGCCGGCUUCAUGAUCACGGCCCGGGGGGGCAGCGGCAUCGUGAUCGCCAGGCUGGGGGACAGACGUUGGUCGGCUCCGUCCGCCAUCGGCAUCGCCGGCCUGGGCGGAGGCUUCGAGAUCGGGGUGGAGGUGUCGGACCUGGUGAUCAUCCUGAAUCAGCGCCGGGCCGUGGACGCGUUCACGAAGGGGGGGAACCUGACGCUGGGGGGGAACUGCACGGUGGCCGUGGGUCCGAUCGGAAGGAACGUGGAGGCGGACGUGUCGAUCCGCAGCCCGGCGGCCGUGUUCACGUACUGUCGGUCCAGAGGUCUGUUCGCUGGCAUCUCUCUGGAGGGGUCUGGCCUGAUCGAACGCAAAGACACCAACCGCAAGUUCUACGGACGGGAAAUCCGCGCGUCGGCCAUUUUGAACGGUGACGUAGAGCCGCCGCCCGAAUGCUACGAUCUCUACCACAUCCUGGACGAAUACACCGACGCCUACACCGCCGACUGGACCAGCAAGAACAUGCGUCCCAAGUCAUCUGGUCCUCCAUCCAGACCUUCAGGUCCAACUCAGCGAAGACCGUCAUCAGGAUACCAACAACAACAACCAGCCGGAUACCAACAACAGCCAGUCGGAUACCAACAACAACAACCAGCCGGAUACCAACAACAACCAGCCUUAUACCAACAACCAGGCGGAUACCAACAACAACAACCAGGCGGAUACCAACAACAACCAGCCGGAUACCAACAACAACCAUCAGCCGGAUACCAACAACAACAUCCGGCCGGAUACCAACAACAACAACAUCCGGCCGGAUACCAACAACAACAACAACCAGCCGGAUACCAACAACAACCAGCCAGUUAUCAGCAACAACAACAACCAGCCGGAUACCAACAACAACAACAACAACAACAACAACAACCAGCUGCAUACCAGCCGUCUCCAGCCACCACGGAUAAAAACGCCCAGUACCCGAGCAUCUCCGUCUAUAAAUCUGAGACUUCAGGCCAGUUAGCCUCCAGAAACCCACCAAACAACGGAGGGGGAGCAGCUAGUGGAGAGCUCGUUGUCACGGCGACGCACCCGUUCACGGGGCAACAGCCCGGCGACCUGAGCUUCGUCCCGGGCGACAGCAUCACCGUGGUUACCAAGACCGAGUCGCAGUACGAUUGGUGGGAGGGUCGUCAUAGCGACGGGCGCGUAGGCAUCUUUCCUGCCAACUUCGUGGCGUUCUGAGUCUACGGCGAGCCGGAGGGACAAACUUCAGAGCGGUUAGAUUAAAGAUUAGAGAAGAAAUAACAAGACAUCUGAAAAUAUUUAAAUAUAAACACUAAAAUGUUGGUUUUCAGGUAAAAGUAUUAAAAUAAUUAUAAUAAAUGUGAUAUUGACAGAAACUAUCCUGGCAUGGUGAGAGAGUCAAUCAUCAUUUUAUUUUAAUAACAUUUAUUUCAGGAUUAACACCUUUUUUCUACAUCAAAUUUAAAGAAAAUGUCAGUCUUUUUAAUUAUAUUUCCAAAAUCUCUCUUUCCUUCAAAGUUAAUCAAAUGAAGAAAUAUUUAUAAUUUUCUGAUUCAACCGGAAAAACUCCUGUCCUUUCAAAAUAAAACAAAAUAAAGAAAGAAACUAAUUUGAUAUUUUAGAAAAACAAUACACUUUUUAUAUUUCACUAAAAUACUUUAAAUAAAAGCCCAUUUUCACUUUGAAUUGACUUAAAUUUGAACACCGUCCUAAACGGUAUUCAUAAUGUUGUGAUUACAGGUUGUACAUACACUCACGUUUUUUCCCUUUGAAUUGACUUUAGGGAUCUAAAGUCACAUUAUCUUGUAUUUCUGGGUGAAUAUUUGUUUACUUAUAGCACGAUAGCAGUGUUCGGGUUCUGUUACAGCCGGAGGGAUGUGGAAUACUUUAGACAUUUUUAUCUGUUUAUAGUUUAUUUAAAGUUUGAUUAAAAUGAUCACUUGUUGGAGCUUGGAUCAAAUAAGACAGACUGUGCUGCUUGUUUACUUUGCCAAAGGAAAACUGAAAUAAAAUCGAAAGAAAUAUUGCUUUGCUUUU